UCAUUCAUGCAAAUGUCAAUGUCAAACGAUAAAUAAAGGCAAAAAAAACCUGAAGGCUGACCGCUGAAUUCGAAGAUUAGAUUUUGCGCACAAAUAGGUACCAUAAAAUUAAAAAAAAUUAACAUCUUUUAAAAUAAGAUAAGAAAAUGGGUUUAUUGAAAAAGACUACGGGCCUAAUGGGCUUAGCGGUGAACCCAAAUCCCCAUCAUACACUUGGGGCACUAUAUGGUAAAAUUCUUAGAACACUGCAAAAAAUGCCCGAGCAAUCGGUGUACAGAAAAUAUACAGAACAAAUUGUCAAAGAGAGGGCUGCAGUUCUUCAACAGACCAAGGACAGCUAUGAGAUAGAAAAUAAAAUAAAUUGUGGGCAAGCUGAAGAAUUAAUUAUACAGGCUGAAAAUGAGUUGAAUUUAGCUCGCAAAAUGCUUACUUGGAAGCCAUGGGAACCACUAGUGUCUAAACCUCCUAAGGGUCAGUGGGAUUGGCCCCCUACUAAAGCUUAAAUUUAGAAAUUUUAUUAAAUAACAUGUAGACACUUAUCCUGAAUUCAUCAAAAAAAUAAACAAACAUCAGAGUUAGAAAAA